AUGCAAACAACCGUCCUAGCUGACUCCAAUUUUGCACUCUCAUUCUUCCAGCGUGCUGAUAUUGCCUUUGCAACUGACAAAGAGUCCACAAUCGAUGGCCCGGAGCGUUUAUCUACGGUAUAUUACGGAUGGGCAUGCGUGAAAUACGGCUGGAUGACAGUGCCAGAGGACGCGGGUAAGGGAGAUCUCCUCAUGUUGGUAGAAGCCUUCCACGCAACACCCAGUCUACCAAUGCAUAGUUGA